CAACUGGUUGAGUAGUCAACCUGGACAACCUAUGUAAAUCUCAAUCGGUCAGUCCAACCCGCCAAAAAAAGUCUUAAACCCUUCCAUUUGGGCCUCCCAGUAUCCGCAUUUCUAAUAAAACCGCCGACGGUGGUGCCGUAAACCUGCUCAGCGCCGCCACCUCCUCCUCAACCUCCAGCUCUUCCGUCCACCCAACCACCUACAGAGAUGCCGCGAACAACCACAAUCGACUGCCCAGGCUGCCCCCCACUAAGAGCCCUAACUUUCGACGUACUCGGCCUUGUUAAAGUAAUUGAAGCUCGGAGUAAGCAAGACGGUGUUGCGAAAGUUGUAGAGAGGUGGGGUGACCCUGAUUCCUCCAAAGGUGUCCUUGCCGCUUCUAUCAAUGACCGGAAAUCUAACCCUUUACUAGCGGUUGCCAGGAAAAAUGGCGCAAUUGAAGUCCUAAGUCCGGUCACUGGAGAGUUGUGCUUCUCAAUUUCGGAUGAUGGUGGUGAUGCUUCUCCAGUAGAUGACCCAAUUGCUGGAUUGCAUUUAUUUAAAAAGCAAACGGUGGAGUCACCUUCGAGGUCCUGCACCGUGCUUACCUGUACAACUAAAGGGAAAGCAAGCUUGAGGAGGGUUGAAGAUUUCGAUUCACACACUGGUUCUGUUUCUUGUGCAACUCCAGAAACAUGGAGUGUGUGUGGUUCUGGUGCGAUUUGCUGCUCUAAAGUACAUGCUGACGAAGGCUACUCUAUGUUUGGAGGGAAAGGCGUUGAAGUUAACAUGUGGGAUCUGGAGAAGACUAGUAAGAUUUGGAGUGCAAAAUCUCCCCCAGCCAAUAACCUUGGAAUUUUCACUCCAACUUGGUUUACAUCAUUGACCUUCCUUAGCAAGGAUGAUCAUCGCAAGUUUGUGGCUGGUACCAGCAACCAUCAGGUUCGCCUCUACGAUACAUCAGCUCAGAGAAGGCCUGUGAUAUCCAUUGAUUUCAGGGAGACACCUAUUAAAUCAGUUGCAGAAGAUUUAGAUGGACAUACUAUAUACGCAGGGAAUGGUUCUGGUGAUCUGGCUUCUUUUGACAUUCGUACAGGGAAGUUACUGGGGUGCUUUUUGGGAAAAUGUUCUGGUAGUAUCCGAUCCAUAACCAGGCAUCCAGAGCACUCCGUUAUAGCAUCAUGUGGGUUGGACAGUUAUGUGCGCUUUUGGGAUAUAAAUUCCAGGCAGCUUCUUUCUGCGGUGUUUUUGAAGCAACAUUUGACCAAUGUGGUAUUUGAUUCAAACUUCUCUGAUGAAGAAACACCAAUAAUUACUACAGAUCCACCUAAAAAUGAGAUUCAAGUAAAUGAGGAGCAACAUCAAAACGAUGAAGAUGCACUGCCAGUGAAGAGGAAGAAAAAGGCUUCGAAAGAAAAGAGUGAGGUGAAGAAGAAAAAAUCCAAGAAAGAGAAGAAAGUAAAGGGUGAGGUUCAUGUUGAUGAGUAAUGUCAUGGAAAGAAAUGUAUACACAGGUUUUGAUAUAGUGUCUCGUUGCUUACUUUCUGCACAAUUUUUGCUAGAUUACAAUUAGAUUUAAGUUUGGGUUUUUUUCGACUCUGUGUAAAAUGAUACCAUCCAUUUGUGAGCACUUUCAUGGAUCACUCUUUUACUCCAAUUUCGGCAACUUUUAUAUUUGUGUC